AUGAGUAUGCUCCACGCUCCUGAAGCAGUCCUGUGUCGAUGCUUCCCCGUCACCCUCAAAGGAAGUGCUAAGCACUGGUGGAAUGCCCUGAACAAGAGAUCCAUUGAUAGUUUUUGGCAGCUCAGCCAAAAGUUCAUCCAUCAUUUCCUAGCCGAUACGAAGCAAAAGCUUCCUCCUCACGUGCUGAUUCAAAUGAGGCAAGGGCAGGAUGAGAGUCUCCGAGCCUACUUCAAAAGAUUCCAAGCGAAGAGGUUGGAAGUCAACGAUCCUGGAAGCGCAGUUGCGAUGUCGGUGCUGGCAGCAGGCCUUCAGGACAACGAAUUGGCCGACUCCCUCGCUAAGAAGCCAGUCGCCAACUACGAGCAGCUAAUGUCCAAAGCCCAUAGGUAUAUGGAUAUGGAAGACGUCCGGGCCUACAAGACUUCGGCGAGAAGGAUUGGGACUUCUGAUGCCACUAUUCUAACCCCGACGGCAACAACAUCAACCCGGAACUACCAGAAGCCAGAAUGGCACAAGGAUCCUUCAAGGACCAACCCCCAUCCUAAUUAA